AUGAAUUCAAAUGAUUCGGUAACGAACGCAUUUGGAGUAUCGAAGAAAAUUGUGGCGAAGAAUCAACAGACUUUUGGAAAUGUCACGGGUUUGAAAAUGCUGGAACAGGGAUUCCGAAAACAAGAGAAGAAUGAGAAUGAGGUAGUGAACUCAACAGAUGAACAGACCACUGACUGUCAGAAUCCACCAGCUGAUUCUGACAAUCGAAACAGAAAAAGAUAUUUGCCUAUUACGAAUGCUCCAGAUCAAGAGCCGCAUGUCUCAUCCAGUCAGGGUGGAGUUUCAGAUCAUUCCCGUACCCCAUCUCCUGCCAAACUUACUUCGCGCCGCCCAUCAGUCAGUGGAGUGUCUUCAACUGGACUGAAAUUGAGAAUCCUUCUGCUCUCCGAAGAUUAA